UACCUACACACACACACACACACUGAGAAUUUAGCUGGAAUUCUUUUGAUAUUCAUAAUUUAAAGAGAAUUCUAAAAAGGGGACUCCCAACGCUGGAUUAUUUCUCAGAAGACAACAACCAAUUUUGAAAUGGCAGAAAUAGCAGAAGCUAUGGAAAAUAAUAAUGAAGAAGGAAUGUUAGAUGAAAUUGAAGAUGGUGUAUCUAGUUCUGAAGAUGAAGCAGAUGAAGAUGAAGAAAACACACCAGAUGUUUUAACACUGGAGUCAACUUCUUUAAUACAACAAGUUAAGGAGCUAACUUCAUCGAUUGAAAAACUUGUAGUGCAGAUCAAGCGUCAGAAUUCAGAUGAUAACUCAAUUUACGAUCUCCACCAAUUGUGGCUGGAUCAAGCGGCCAAUCUGAAAGAUAUACAGUAUAAACAAGUUGAAGAGUUUCAAAAGCAUUUAUUGCAAAACUAUCAAAUGCGCCAGAAAUUAUUAACUGAUUUAAAAAAUCAUGAUAAGGCGUAUUUGGUCGAACUUGGCAAGCUAAAGCAACACUGUAAGAUCGAAAUUGAAAAUCUGACAACCCUACAGAAUAGUAUGCAGACUGACGACUUUCAGAAGAAAAUAUUGGAAAAGUGUGAAGAGCGCCAGAAAUUAUUAGCUGAUAUAAAAAAGCGAGAUGAUACCCAUUUGAUUCAAAUAGAAAAUCUUAAGCCACAAUAUAAGAAAAAUGUCGAUUAUGUAAAAACCUUGCAGAAUAAGCAAGCUGAUGAAUUCAAAAAGCAAAUAUUGGAAAUCAAUCAAAUGCGUCAACAGGCAAAGGAGAAAGAGGAGCUAAUUAAGCAGCUACUUGAAGACAGCAAUAUAUGCUCCAUAUGCCUACAUCCUUGGAACCAAACUGAUAGUCAUUAUGUGGUAUCCCUGAAAUGUGGACAUCUCUUCGGAAAUAAUUGUAUUUAUAAUUAUAUUUUAGCUCAGAAAAUGUGUCCAAUGUGCAGAGCUUUUGCUUCAUCCGAUGAUAGACGUCCUGUUUAUGGUGUUCUUACAUGCUUAACCCAAUCAAACUAAAAUAAUAUGAAUGAAAUAGAUCUUGACUUAUCUUAAA